UGAGCGAUCUAACAAUAAUGCUUGUUUUUAAACGACAAUAAAAGGAUGGCGGUCCAUGUGAGUGCGUGAGAGACAAUGGCAAUGACAGCAACCGUGGCUUUGGUGGAUGCUCUACACCCCAUCGCCGCAUGUGGCCUUUGAACCCAUUGUUGUGUCGCGGCUGACGUCAGUGCCGUCGGAGCGAGCGAGCGGCGUACGCCUGGCGAGACAAAGGCGGCGGUGAGGAGCCACUAGAGCGGGCUGCGCCGGAGAGAGCGAACGGGGUCACGGAGCUCCCAAAGCAAGCCCACUUUGUUUUUUUUUGGGACCACCGACGAAUCAGCAACGGGUUUGGCGUUUUCCCAACCAUGAAGACGCUCUCAGGAAUAUCCGCACAGAGACAGCACUCGGCGUGCUUUUAACGUGUUUUCUUUUGUAUAACUCUCUUUUAACGCCCCCCACCCUAGUUUUAGCGUGCUAGGCGGCUAACGUGUUAGCUCUAAAAAAGAAGGCUGCUCCUCCUCCCUCCUUCUUCCUCCUCUUCUUCUUCCCGGCUUACUUUCUCAUCUGUUCCUGAAGGAACAAGGCGGCGUCCAAGCGGGGGAGAGCGAGUCGACAAAGUGAGGAUAAAAAGUGGGGCAAGCUCACUCCCGAAAAGCACGCAUCCGUCAUCUGAUGUGAGAUCCACGGAGAGACUAUGCCUAGCCCUUUAUUCCACCCGGACAUAAUGGACCACGACGUGGUGAUCAGCAGCCAGCACAACGGGGUCGGUCUCCCCCGAGAAACGGAGCAGGAGUCCCGGGACGAGGACCACCAGGAGGUGCUCCGCUUCGCCCUGGACCAACUGUCACUCAUGGCGCUGGAAAAGGUGGACUGUGGUGGCGGAGGAGGCGGCGGCGGGCUGGCCGACACCCUGGACGGGAGUCAGGCCCCCGCCUCGGAGGGCUACGCGGACCUCCAAAUGUCCCGGGACUCGCCGACGUCCUGCUCGCCGUCCCCGGAGUACUACGGCUCGGGCGGCUACCACAUGGCCGGCGGCUCGCACCCGAUGCUCCACGGGGAACAAAGCUCCUCCGUCCUCUGCAACCGAAAGAGAAGCGUCAACAUGACCGAGUGCGUGCCCGUGCCGAGCUCCGAGCAUGUGGCGGAGAUCGUUGGGAGACAAGGUUGUAAGAUCAAAGCGUUGCGCGCCAAGACCAACACUUAUAUCAAGACCCCCGUCCGCGGCGAGGAGCCGGUGUUCAUCGUGACGGGGCGCAGGGAGGACGUGGAGAUGGCCAAACGAGAGAUCGUGUCCGCCGCCGAGCAUUUCUCCAUGAUCCGGGCGUCCCGUUGCAAAGCGGGAGGCUCCGGAGGAGGAGGGGGCGGCGGAGGAGGAGGGGGCUCGCUUCCUGGACCGCCGCACCUCCCUGGACAAACAACCAUUCAGGUGAGGGUGCCAUACAGAGUGGUGGGUCUGGUAGUUGGUCCCAAAGGAGCAACCAUUAAGCGCAUCCAGCAGCAGACCCACACUUACAUUGUGACGCCCAGUAGAGAGAAAGAUCCCGUGUUCGAGGUGACGGGCAUGCCAGAAAACGUAGACCGCGCCAGAGAGGAGAUCGAGACCCACAUCACCUUGAGAACCGGGACCUUCGUGGACCUCCAGGGGGACAACGACUUUCACACCAACGGCACAGACGUCAGCCUGGAGGGCCUGGGCGCCCUAGGUGCCGGCCUGGGGGCUUCGCUGUGGUCCAGGGCCACCAACCACCAUUCGGCGCCCCCGCCACCGCCUCCCUCGCCGCCACCCGCCGCCAUCCCCAUGUCGGUCAACCGCAAGAUGUCCUCCUACCACUCGCACAACGGCAACAUUAGCGCCGACGGCUACGGAGGGGGCCGCAAGGGGAACGAGGGGGCGAGCCCCACUAGCCCCUUCAGCACGGGUUCAGGCGGCGCCGGCUUCACUUUCGGGGGCGACUCCACUCCGCUCCCGUCCUCGGAUGAACUGGGCUACGAAUUCAGCGCGCCCAACAUCUGGGCCCCUUUCGGCAAUGGCGCUAACAAGACGGGCGGACCCCCGCAGCCGCCGCUGCGACGCAACAGCAGCGGCCUGAGCGGCGGCGCCGUUACACCCCGCCUGUCCCCCACGCUCUCGCAGGACGCGGGCGCCGGGCCCCUGGAGCAUCCGCUUGCCCGCCGCGCUCAGAGUGACCCCCUGAGCGCGCUGUCCUGGUUGCAGUCGGGCGGCGCGGGGGGUGGCGGCGGCAGCUCCUCCUUCUCCGGGGGCUCCAGCUCCAGCUCGGGGGGCUCUUCCACCGGCUACUCCUCCAGCUCAACAUCCUCGCUGCCCGGCGGCUCGCCCACCGACUCGGAAGGCGGCGUGGGAGGCGUGGGCUUAAGCUCCGGGAUGCUCAGCCGACUGAAAAGCGCGCCGGGGGGUGUCCCGGUGGGCGCCGGCGUCAACAGGGACUGCUUCGUAUGCUUCGAGAGCGAAGUGACCGCCGCCCUGGUGCCCUGCGGCCACAACCUUUUCUGCAUGGAUUGCGCCGGGCAGAUCUGCCAGUCGGCCGAGCCCGAGUGCCCCGUGUGCCACACGCCCGCCACGCAGUGCAUACGCAUCUUCUCUUAACUCAUCCAUUGCCAUUGACAGCGAUAGACAUUCAAUCCAUUUUGACUGAGAGGAACAGUCCGUCACGGCCCACGGUCUUUCCAACCUUUACGGUACGAUACAUGUUAGUGACGGACGCCGUAAUACUUAAGCUGCCGUUGUUAGCCAUGGUCCUCCAAACGGAUUGGAUGACUAUCGCCAACAAUGGCAGCCAAUGCGUUAUUUUAAUAACGACAAAGCUGUUGGAACAAUAGCAAUAUCUUUAAACUGAUCCUUUAGUUCAGUGUUGCAAGUGCUAAUUUGACAGUUACUGUGUGCUUCAUGUAAAAACGGCUCAUUUUUUGAGCAAAUAUGGGUCGUCUUUCACUGUCAAUGGCAGUCAAUGAGGGGAAGUGAGGCACACCUGAACACACAGUGGACCAUAAUAAUAAUAAUGCAGCAUUACUAGAGACUGAUGCUGAAUCCUGAAUAAUAAUAAUAAUAAGGCUAUAGAUUUAUUUGCUGGGCGAACUAGUGUCUUAACUCUCUUCAGGCCUUGAUUUUUGCAACCCUGGCUUCCCUCACUCGUUCCUUUUGUAAUUGCCAGAUAUUUUUCCAGGAAGUCGUCGGGCGAGGCCUGCACUUUUCUACUAUGAAGUCGAUUCCAAUGAUUUUCUGAAGGGCCUCCCCCAGGCCCGGAGUUGGACACCUGUGACAUUAAUCCCAUCGGGUGUCGCCCCCCCCCCCCCCCUACCCAACCUCAUCCUCUCGUGGCCAUCAAGUCAGCACAUUGCAAAGGCCGUUCAAACAUCAACUGACAAUCCCUUUUGGCUCCGUGUUUACGAGUGAGAGCGCACAAGCCAUAAUAUCACACCUUUUCAUUGUGUGCUUUCUCUCUCUGGUAAAGAUGCAUGCGUGUCUUUGUGUGCGAGCGCGCCGGUUCACCUCCCCCACGGCAGGCUCUGAUCCAUGCACGCCCUCCCCCCACACGCGUGCACACUCCCAAUCCACCCACAUCCUGUCUGUUACACUUCCAUCGUCUCCUUAAGUGUUUUUUGUUAGCCUCUUCUAUGAAAGAGAGUGGCUUUUAAUGUCGCUCACGAAUGUGUUUUAAGCAGAGUUCCUGCCAUAUGAAAAAACGCCCCAAAGGGUGAAUUGAAGUAUUUUCUUGCCUGCUGUCCAAACAAAACACAAUCUUACCAUUUUCAUUCAGGUCUUCCCACCCUUUUUUUUUUUUGUUUGUUUUGAGUUGGCAGUUACUGCCUCCGUUUUUCUAGCGUUCGUUCGUAUGCGGAAUGUGCUCCAGACGCGAAGAAGCCAUGACAAACUCGAUUCUUCAAGGGCUUCCUCUGAUGUCUUUUUUUUUUAAUUGUUUUUUAAUUGUUUUGAUUUUUGUCAGGCUCACAGAUGAGGAAGAAUGGAGCGUAACCUUUAUGGCAGCUAGUGGCGAUCAUCCAGGGCUUCCACACACACAAAACCAACACUUUGUGUUCCAAUCCCAGCAAACUACAGAAUGUUUGGCUUUAUCUCUUAACCGGAAGCGCGUUGGUUCCCUUCAAAACGGUUUAUUUGAACUUCCGGUAGGCCGGUGAGAAUGUUAGGCUUAAUGUACAGUACUUUCAUUGUUGUAAAAGGAAAAAAAAAUGGUACAACUUUUUUCAGAUUGACUGCUGAUUUUUAUUUUUUUAGCCCCAAAUGUGUACCCCUCCCCCAUUUUCUCGCUUCAAGGUUUAAAAACAGGGUUUCCUGAGGCACGCUAGCCUGACCUCUGACCUUUCUUUUUUCCGAUUAAAGGGGGGGAUGCAAAGAGGAGCCUCGCCAGCGUAGGGGGGGCAGGGCGCCCGCCAGCCUGCCCCCGCUGCCUAUUUUUUUGCUUUAAAUUCUCUUUUGUACGCUGAACCAAAAUGUCCAAACUGUCAGCAGAAGAACUCGCGAGUGUAAAUAUCGGAACAAUCAUCGGCGUCUUUGAAAACGACAACUUGUAUCAUUUGUAAGUUAACCAUCUGCAUGUCAUUAGCUCAUUUUUAAGAUUUACACACACACAAAAAAAGACAUUUUUACACAUUUUAUUUUUACAAUUGAUUUGCUUACUUAAAUAUCCCAGACAAUAAUGUGACCGUUUAUUAAGAUUUAUUUUUAUUUUCCUUUUUUUUAAGAAAAAAAAAGAAAAAAAAAUCCUUAUUUUCUGUGUACUACAUAUAGGCAAUUUAUAACAAAAUGAGAAAAUUAUUGAAGAAAAUUUUAAAAUUGAAAUAUAUUUUAUUUGAAAGUUUAUGGACCUUUUAACCGAGAGCUGGGAAAAAUUGUAUCACGGUAUGAUUUGAGCUGGUUUGAAAGUUAUGAGAAAUGUAUCAAGAGUUUUAUUUUUUAUGCUUCUUAAAUAAAGUCUUCGGUUUUUGGUUUCAUUUUUUACUGUAAAAA